AGCGGCCGAAGUGUGUUGUUGGGUUCGGUUCGCUCGCCCAGCCACCGCUACCACACGCCCAUGCUCCGGCGUUGCCGCCUCUGUCCCCCGGCGGCCCUCCUUGCGGCCGCCCGCAGCCUCUCUAGGCUGGCGCCGCCGCCGCCGGCUCGGGCGGAGCCGGUCAUCCGGGUGUCGAACAACGUGGCCCGGCUGGGCGAGGCCAAGGAGGGCCCGAAGCCGAGGCAGCUCCUCUCCCUCCCCCGGUUCCCCUCUUCCUCCUCCUCUUCAUGCGAUCGUGGCGAUCCCCUUCCCGGCCGGAAGAGGGAUCCGUCGAAACCCCGAAGAGUCACCGCCAUCAGCUGGGUCAAGCACUACUUUGCCGAUAUACCACAGGAGGUCAUCCAGGCCCACUUCAACAAAGGCUUGGUACAUGUGGAAUGCCCAAAUAAUGAUGUUUCACCUGAGAAGGGCCAUCAACAAUCGAAUGGUUUGAGAAAGAUUAAGCAUAAUGCCGUAAUGGAAGCGGGCAUGAGAAUUCAUCUACCUAUAUCGGUUGCAGAGACCAAGAUAACUAAGCGAUACGACACCAUACCAACCGCCACUUUGAAUCCCAAUGCUGAUGAGAUAGAAUACAUACGGAGGCUUGUCAUCCACAGGGACUCUGCUAUAAUUGUGCUAAAUAAGCCUCCAAAAGUGCCUGUCAAGGGACAUUUACCUGUUCAUAACAGCAUGGAUGUGUUGGCAGCAGCAGCAUUAUCCUAUGGCAAUGAGCAGGGUCCCCAGUUGGUCCAUCGACUUGACAGAGAAAGCAGCGGGUUGCUAUUGCUUGGAAGAACAAAAGAAAGUUACGCCAGGCUCCAUUGGCUUUUCACUAGCAUAAGCCUGGCAAAGUCAUCUUCUGAGAUGUGGAAUAAUGCUUGUGAGGCAACUAUGCAGAGAUAUUGGGCAUUGGUUAUAGGGACCCCUAAAGAAAAGGAAGGAGUCAUUUCUGCUCCACUUUCGAAGGUGUUUCUUAAUGAUGGGAAAAUGGAGAGGGUCAUCUUAGCUCACCCUUCAGGUAUAGAUGGUUCUCAAGAUGCUGUUACCGAAUAUAGGGUUAUGGGACCCACCAUUAAUGGAUGCUCAUGGAUUGAGCUGCGUCCCCUUACUGGUCGGAAACAUCAGGAGCAACAUGAAAUCUUGCAGAGUCGUGGAGGGUUUGGCACAUUUAACAUCUAUGGAAGUCUAUACAAUAUCGACGUCUUACGAGUGUUUCCCUCGCAGCUACGAGUGCACUGUGCUGAAGCUCUUGGCACUCCAAUAGUUGGAGACUACAAGUACGGUUGGUUUGUGCACCAGAGAUGGAAGCAAAUGCCCCGACUUGACUACGCGCCAUUGAGCGGGACGCCGUAUAAAUUAAGAAGGCCAGAGGGUUUGGAGGUGCAAAAGGGUAGCGCUCUCUCCAAGGUCCCUUUGCUACACCUCCACUGUAGAGAAAUGGUGAUCCCUAACAUCGCCAAGUUCCUUAGCAGCACAGGUGAGUGGCAUGAUGAGGGCAAUCCGUGGUCUAGGGAUAAGCCGGAUCUCCUCCGGUUUGUUGCGCCGAUGCCUUCGCACAUGAAAAUAAGUUGGAAUAUUAUGUCUUCAUAUUUGGUGUGAUCAUGCCGAGUCCUUCAAGUCUUGAAGUUCAAUUUUGUAUCUAUAUUGAGCUGUCUCGGACAGCGGGUGUUUAUGUAGGAAGCAAUAUGCUAUUCUUUUUCUUUUUUUCCUUUUUCCUUUUUCUUUGUCUUCUAAAAUAGGGAAGUUCUUUGAUAGUUGCGGUAUCUCUUUAUGUACUUCUCUAUUGAAUUUCAGAUGUUUUAAAUGGAUCAUGCUGGAUCGCGUCUCGGACACAGACAUUCUGCUUGAAGAGGAUUAAAACAUGGUUUUCUUUUCGUAGUCCAGGAAAGAGGGCACUUGUCAAUUGCUCGAGACAGCGGCGGUAAGGAAUUUGUAUGCUAAUGGUUUUAGAAUUUACUGGAAGGAACAGAAGGCAAUAGAUGACCCUGUCAAAUCCACUAUACUUUGUUCUGCCAUUUUGUGGCCAAGUGAGAGAAGGUUAUUUGUUCUUGUACCUAUGUAUUUUAGGAAGUUUUUGCAGCAGCAAAAUAAUAGUGUAAUAAUUUUAUAUUAAAAUUGUGCCCAAAAGUUUCUUGUUA